GGAGACAGCAUUUAAUGAAAAAUCCAUGUGUAAGGGAUAAAAAUGGCAGGCUUCCUUGAUAAUUUCCGUUGGCCAGAAUGUGAAUGUAUUGACUGGAGUGAGAGAAGAAAUGCAGUGGCUUCUGUGGUAGCAGGCAUAUUGUUUUUUACAGGUUGGUGGAUAAUGAUUGAUGCAGCUGUAGUGUAUCCUAAGCCAGAGCAGUUGAACCAUGCCUUUCACACAUGUGGUGUAUUUUCCACAUUGGCUUUCUUCAUGAUAAAUGCUGUGUCAAAUGCUCAAGUGAGAGGUGACAGCUAUGAAAGUGGCUGUUUAGGAAGAACAGGUGCUCGAGUUUGGCUUUUCAUUGGUUUCAUGUUGAUGUUUGGGUCCCUUAUUGCUUCCAUGUGGAUUCUUUUUGGUGCAUAUGUUACCCAAAAUACAGAUGUUUAUCCAGGACUGGCUGUGUUUUUUCAAAAUGCACUUAUAUUUUUUAGCACUCUGAUCUACAAAUUUGGAAGAACUGAGGAGUUAUGGACCUGAAAUCACUUAUUAAAUCAUACUUCCUUUUUGUUAUAUUCUAUUUGUAGAUAAGUUUUUUCUUAUUAUAAGUUACACAUUGCCAAAUUGUACAUUAUGUGUUUUUUGUCUUUUGACAUUUUUAUGCUCUGAGUUCUGAAACAGUUUUAUGAAAUUUUUUUUUUUUUUUUUUUUUUUUGAGUAGAUUGUUAAUAUGUACAUAAUAUAGGACUGUGCAUAUUGGAUGAUUCAUGUCAGUUUUUUUUAUUCUUGAAGACUUAAAUAUGUGAUCUGUUCCCUGAGCCAGGGUUACAUCAUCAUGUCAUUUUA